AUGCGGCUACCUCUCAUCGCUUGUGCCCUCGUCGUGGGUGUUGUCAGCGCUGCAGAGUAUGGUUGGAAGUCCGGUCAACAAUACCAGUACCAACUUAGAAGUAGGACUCUGUCCGGUAUCCACCAGGCAGCUGACCAGUACGCAGGAGUCGUCCUGUCGGCUCAGGUCACUGCCACAGCUCUCGCUGAUGACCAUCUGCAUUUCCAGAUCUCGGGUGCCAAAUACGCAGACCUUCAUCAAGAAUUGAGCGGCGGUGUAGAGGGUGGAGUACCUUACGAACAGCUCAGCUGGAAAGAUUUACCUCUCCAGGCCCCCGCAUUCCAGCUUCAUCUUCAAAAUGGAGUGGUCAAGAAAUUGGUCGCCACCAAAAAUAUUCCUUCCUGGGAGCUGAAUUUGUAUAAAGGUAUCGCCAGUCAGGUGCAAAUCGACACACAGGGUGUGAACCUUAAGAAAUCUCCGAUGAACCAAAUGCCUGAGAAUGAACAGCCCUUUGGCAACUAUAAAACUAUGGAGGACUCUAUCAAUGGAGUUUACGAGACACUCUACGACAUUUCACCCCUUCCAGAAUACGUCAUCCAAAGCAGACCAGAAUUGGCCCCUCUCCCCCAUCUGAAGGGCAACGGACAGCUCAUAGACAUUGGGAAGACAAGAAACUUUUCCAGCAGCCAACAGCACCUUGUCUACCGUUUUGGAGCCAAUGGCUAUGAAAAUUUUGUUCCAGGGUCAAACCAAAUGGGGAAUUUUCUAUCAAGAUCAUCUGUAAGUCGAGUGAUUCUUUCUGGACAACUUGACAGGUACACCAUCCAGUCUUCGGUAACAACAGAAAAAGUCGUUGCUGCACCUCACUUCCAAAGAGGACAGAAAGGAAUCGUGUACAGUAACAUGAAUCUCACUCUUCAAGCUGUCAAGUCUUCACAGGGAACUCCAGAAAGCAUUCAAAGUCCAAGAGAAAUCGAAAACUUAGUCUACGAACCUCAGAACGGACAGGAUGACUUCUGGCAACCAAGGGAAUCAAAUGAAAGUUCUUCAGAAGAAAGUAGCAGCUCAUCUUCAGAGGAAAUGGGAAAAAUUGAGGAAACAAUAAGCAAAAGCGCCAAGGUGAAAAGAUCAAUAGCAAAGAAUAAACUUGAAAAGGAACUUGUCGGUAAGAACCAAGAUGAUUCGUCUAGUUCCUCUUCAUCGGAGGGUUCCUCAAUGGAUGCCAGUGACGAAUACUUACCAAGAAAACCUCGCCUUGACGAAGCAAUCAACAUUGAGCUGAAUCCUGGCUUUCUGGGAGGCUGGGGAUCUGAACAAGUAAACUACCUCGAACUUAUUAACAGACUUUCUCACGAAGUCGGGCGAUGGAUUCAGAAGGCUGAUCGCCUUAACCAGCAAAAUAUCCUAGAUAGAUUCGCUCUUUUGACUCAGGCAGUGGCUUCUGUUGAUAGUCAGCAGCUCCAACAAGCGUCGCAGAAACUCUACUAUCAAGGAGAAAGUGCUCCACAAUUCGGUAAUGAGGAAGAAUCUGAAAAAUACCAAAGCUGGGUCGCUUUCCGUGACGCUGUUUCGCAGGCUGGUACUGGACCUGCCCUUCUUACCAUACAGCAAUGGAUCAACUCAAACCAGGUUCAAGGAGAAGAAGCUGCAAAUAUAUUAGCCGCUUUGCCAAACUCUGCUCGCUAUCCCACUAAUGAAUACAUGAAUGCAUUUUUCGAGCUGAUCAAAACACCGAACGCCCAGAAACAAAGGUUUCUAAACACCAGUGCAAUAAUUUCAUUCAGUGAAUUGGCCAGGAGAGCUUCUCCUGGACAGUCGAGUCGCACUUAUCGCCGAUACCCUGUUCACUUGUUCAACAAAGAGAACGUCCAGGAGCGCACUCAAGCUAUUCAAGAACAAUACAUCCCCUGGUUCCAAGAACAGCUUCAGCAGGCAGUGGCACAGGGUGAUUCAACUAGAAUCCAGCUCUUCGUUCGGGCCCUUGGCAACUUGGGUCACCCCAGGAUUUUGGCAGUGUUUGAGCCCUACCUCGAGGGUCAGCAAAAGGUCUCUGACUUCCAGCGACUCGCCAUGGUGGUUGCUCUCGACCAGCUCACUUGGACCCAUCCAAAACUAGCUCGCAACGUUCUCUACAGGAUUUACCAGAACACAGCUGAAGCACCCGAGAUCCGUGUGGCAGCAGUCUUACAUAUCAUGAAAACCAACCCCCCAGCACAGAUGCUUCAACGCAUGGCGGAAUUCACCAACUACGAUCACAGCUACCAAGUCAGCGCCGCCGUCAAGUCUGCAAUAGAAACUGCCUCCGACAGUACAGACGCUUCCGUUUCUUGGAGCUCAGAAUUGCAAGCGAACGCGCGUGCAGCAGCCAACCUCCUUACACCGAAAGACUUUGGAAUCCGCUACUCCACGAACCUGAUUCAGUCAUUCUUAAGCGAGCAACAGAACACAGAAUUCCAGGGAGAGUACUCUUUCAUCCAAGGACAAGACGGAGCUUAUCCCCAGGCUGUUUUCGCCAAUCUCUACCGAAGUGUCGCUGGAUACGAUCGUGAUCCCUAUUCCAUUUCCUUCCUGAGUUCGAGCAGCAGAAAUCUUUACCAGCUUGUGGCCAACUUCUUCCAAGGAAAUGAAAACUCCAAGAAAAUGCAGGAGGGCAGUGAACAUGGCUCCCAAUAUUCGUACAACAAAAUUUUUAACAUGCUCAACGUCCAGAGAGAAGAGCAAGAGCAAGUCGAAGGACAAAUUUAUUUAUCCAUCUUUGGGGCAAAUCGUUUUUUCUCUUUUGACAACCAAACAUUCCAGCAAACCCAGCGUUAUUUCAAUAAGCUUCAGAACAAUCUCAAACAAGGAAUUAACUUUCAACACACCCGAUUUUUGAACAAGUACUCAAUGGAAGUCGGAUUCCCAGUAGUUAUGGGUGUGCCGUUCUUCUACUCAGUACAAGAGCCUGCCAUGUACUCUGCAAGAGGACAGAUUAAGGGGGAGCUGUCCAAAGACAGUCAACAAGAAGGUGUCCAUAUCCCCUUGAAAUUCGCUUUGAACGGCCAAGCCGAGUUCACGUAUGCCAGCCAAUCGAGAGGAAAAUUGGGAUUCUACGCUCCAUAUAACAACCAGCAAUAUGUUGCUGGAUACAACAGGCACAACCAGUUUUACCUUCCAUUAGAUGGUAAAAUUGAACUGCACCAAGGACAAAACGGAUUCCAGGCUGAAUUAAAACCUUUCUCCCAAAAAGAUGCCAAGCAGACAUUGUUCCAUAGAGGAUCACAAGCCUACACUGUCUAUCAAAAUAACAAAGAAGUCCAGCCUUACCAAGAAGGACAAAACUACUCUCCACUCAAAAUUUCUGCACAAAAAUCUUACCAGAGAGAUAUAGAAUGCAAUCAAGCUGGCUAUAAUUUACAUUUAGAAGGCAGCGGCGAAAGUAAUUUCCUUAAUAUCGAAGGACUAUAUAACGCAUGGAGGAAAAAUGAACUCUUGUACUAUCUUCUAUUCCAUGACUCCAACAAUAACAUCAACAACAACGAAUUUUCUGCUUCUUACAGCCCAAGAUCAGGUUCAGCUCAAGGAGUGAAGAUCACGGCUAACUACAUCUCAAAUCAAGAAGGCCAUCGCAAUCCAGCAAAGAUGAUGAAGAAACAUAUGCCUCGCGCAGCUCCGAGCGGAUCGAACUUGGCUCAACCGACUUCCUAUGAGCAGAGACAAGACGAGCUCUAUAAUAACGUUCAACAAGGAAUUCAAGAUCCUGAAGUGCACAUGAUGGACCUCUUCAUUGGCUGUGGAGAAAAUCAGAAUGAAAAUGGUCAUUCCUUCACAAUCGCCCACGCCAGCAGUCCAGUUUCAGAGCAGGCACGAGUACUCGCUUACUACCACGGUUUGUCCAGAGACUCCGGGAACUCUAAGCCUUUCCAGGCAGCCUUACAAUAUAACUAUCAACAGCCGAGAUGGCCUGUAUUCAACUUCCAUGAAGCAUUGAAUGCCAACCCAGACACCAACGUUGACGGUAGAAUUGAUUUUGACAACGGUUCUGGUUCCCCAGCUCAAAUACAAUUUAAUGGACAGUUGAAACGAGAUGAGCAGAGGAAGGCUUGGCUUCAACAGCAACCCAAUUCAAAGCUGUGUGAGAAUCAAAUGCAGGAAAAUAACUUUAUCCAAAGAGCUUGCAGAAAUGCCACUGUUCAAGCAGGUUUUCUUAAUAACUACAACUUCAACAUCCAAUACCAAAACGUCCCUAGAAAUGUCCAAGAAGCUAUUUACAACCUGUACAGUUUAAUCAGACAUUGGGCCUACCAGCAUGUUUCAGAGGAUAUCAGCAGACAACCUAAAAAUGAAGGACAGAUGAAUAUCGAUGUUCAGUUCGAGAACAACUUACAGCUGGUUAAUUUGUCCAUUGACGCGCCUUCUAUGAGAUCUCGCUUUGAAAACUUGAAGGUCAGCCGACCCGCAGCUCCUCUGGUUCUCUACCAUCCAAGAUACAGCACGUUGCAGCUCUAUGGCUUGCAAUAUGCCAACGCUGAAUGGAAAGCACCUGCAGUACUCGACUUCAGUCAAGCAAACACCUUCGACAACACCUCAUAUCCCAUAGAUCUUGGAAAUUGUUACCACGUUUUUGCCAUCUACGCACCUCCUCAGGACAACCAGGAAAGCCAGAGCCAGGGACAAAGCCUAAUUGACCCUUCACAAAGAUUCGCCGUCCUUGUCAGGGAAAAUGGUCAGAGGCAAAAGGAAGUAAAAUUAGUCCUCAAUGAAGACAACAUAGAAUUGGCUCCAUCAGGCUCGUCAGGACAACCAUCAGUUCAGGCCAACGGUCAACCUCUGGAGUACUCGCAAAACCAGAUCAAUCGAUGGUCCAAUGGACAGAACAGGUUAGAGAUCUACAAGCAACCGGACGGUGUUGUCGUGUUGUACGCACCUUACAACGGACUUCAGCUAAGUUACGACGGUAGCAGACUCAAGCUCUCUCUUUCCCAACGAUAUGGAGACGCGAUUCGCGGCCUUGCUGGCACCUUUGAUGGUGAGAUGGCCGACGAAUUUAGCUUGCCGAACAACAGGGUGAUAGGUGAGCCGCUCUUGUUUGCAGCUAGCUAUGCCCUUACCGAAGACCAGAGCUGCCAAGGUCCCGCUAAAGAGAGGCAGAAAGAGGCGCAGCAGGCACAGAGCUCAGAGAAGAGAGUUUCUCCGGGUGACGUCGUGAAUGACAUUGAAUCUGGCAAGAAAGGAACCAAAGUGGACAAAGGCUCCUGUACACAGUACAGA